UCGGAGUGUUUAUGCCGCCGAAGCACGUGGUUCGAUAACCUCCCUCUCCGCUUACGGGCCUCGCACAACCCAAGUUCUCCUUUUCGGCCGGGUAGCAGCGGACCGUGCAUUUGUCGCCGCGCUGUGACUGGCAAGUGCGCCGCUCGCGAACCUCGGCUGGUCAGCCCCAACGUGUGCCCCGGUCGGAUUUGCACCACUUCGAACUGAGGAAACGGGGGAACGAAAAAAGGAAAGAAAAAGAAUACUCUUCCUACUCAGUCGCCACGUGUUACUGGAGGAAACGGUGUUCAUGCUUCAUCAGCCCUUCGGCAACCUUCUGGAUGAAGAGGUUGGAUUAAUGGAGUCUCAGACCGAUCACAACUACAACAGAAUUUUUCAGAGUUUUAACACUAUGCUUGACAACACCAUUGAUUUUGGUACCUUGGUGGAUCGCCGACCCCUCAGUAGGCAACCUGAUAACAAUGUUGAGGACUGCUUCAAUUUUAAUGGGCUUAACAGCGGUAGCAGCAACAGCUUGAGGAGUGGACUCCUGCAGGCUGGCAGCCUGUCUGGGUUGCUGUCCAACCCAGCCUACUUGGCAGCCUACCAGAAUGGCAACGGCCCACUGCCCUCCUCACCCUCCCCUGUGAGGUUUGCAGAUAUGACGUCCUCCCUCAACAGGCUGCUCAGGCAGGGGACGCCAGUUGCAACCCCCAUUGGCUCUGGACCUCGUGCCAUACGCUCGGCAUCGCCUCAGUCUCCGUACAGUGACCAAGGGAGUCCCACUGUAGAGAGAUCCCUGAGCUUUGGCUGCGACAUGUUUCGGGACUCGAGAAGUCUUUCCCCAGAUUCUGACUCCAGUGGCAUCAGCUGCGGAACAGACCUGAGCGCUUUGUCGGAUCUGAUGAGCUCGCUGACAAUGACAGGUGCCAACCCAGGCACAAUGGCUUUGAUGCCCAUGAAUGGUUUCGGUGCACGCACAGACUUCGACUCCCCCACCAAUUCAUUCCCCUUCUUCACGGACCAGCGCUGGUCCCCCACCCAUGGUAGCCAGCUAGGCUUUGGGGACCCGGACACUAUCGAGAAGGCAGCCAAGCUGCACAGAUCUGCUGCAAGUUUCUCGGAGGCCACAUGUUGCUGGAGCGGGACCCUGCCCGCCCGCAGCCUCAAGAGCUCCGCGCUAUCGUGCAAGGUGUUCCUGGGCGGAGUGCCGUGGGACGUCUCGGAGCCAGGCCUCGUGGAGGCCUUUGCGCCCUUCGGCAACAUCAAAAUCCAGUGGCCCAGCCGGGAGCGCAGCCAAGGCUUCCCGCCCAAGGCAGGCUACGUCUACAUCAUCUUUGAGAGUGAGAAGCAAGUCAAAAUGCUGCUGCAGUCGUGCAGCCAGGACUUUGUCAAUGGGGGCAACUGGUACUACAAGAUCUCGUCACGCCGCAUGCGCUGCAAGGAGGUGCAGGUGAUCCCCUGGGUGCUGAGCGACAGCAACUAUGUGCGUUGCCCCUCACACCGGCUAGACCCCAGCAAAACAGUCUUUGUGGGUGCCCUGCACGGCAUGCUCAACGCCCAGGGCCUGGCACACGUCAUGAAUGAACUCUUUGGCGGCGUGCUCUACUCCGGGAUCGACACGGACAAGUACAAGUACCCCAUCGGAUCUGGCAGAGUGACUUUCAACAACCAGAAAAGCUUCAUGAAAGCUGUUGCUGCAGCUUUUGUUGAGAUCAAGACUCCAAGAUUCUCAAAGAAGGUGCAGGUGGACCCGUACCUGGAGGAUGCCAUGUGCGCCUCGUGCUGCAAGCAGCAGGGCCCCAUCUUCUGCAGGGACCUUGCCUGCUUCCGCUACUUCUGUCGCACCUGCUGGAACUGGCACCACACCGUGGAGAGCAUGCGCAACCACAAGCCCCUCAUGCGCAACAAGGCCAAUUCCCGCUGAGAGCCCUCCUCUUCCUCCCCACCACCACCACCCCUUUCCUCUUCUCAAAAAUCUCUCUCUAAGGGGCCUCCCUUUCUUUUCUGGCUGCCACCCCUCCCGUUUUUCUCGUUGUCUUUUUUGCUCCUCUAACAUAACAUUCCCUGUUACCGUUGUUUGUUACCAUUUUCCCUCCGGCCUGGAAAAAAAAGAGCCACCCCCUCUCCCUUGUUUUCUUUCAGCUUUGUUCCCCUGCGCGUGUCGUGGUGCCUAGUUUGUUACCCGAGCUUUUCCCGGUGUCCCACCUGAGCUAAGAAAGUUUUGUAAACAGGCAGGUGCCCUGGAAGUCCUUUCUCUCUUUUUUUUUUUCAAGUGCUCAUUAGUAUAAGCUACUAAUAUAAAAGUGUUGUUAACCUGUUCUUGUUACUAUCCAUGGAUGGGGUGGAAGCGUCUCCUGUUUUGUCCCCACUCUCUGGAGUGACGAGUCCUUUCUUCGUGCCUCGCCCCACCCUCGUUUUCCUGCGGAGGAUGCCUUUCUCGUCUGGUCGAACAAGAGUUUUUAUUUUGUGGGGCAACUGUGACCCUUUAGUCCACAAAUCGCUGCGAUAAAAAAGAGGUGAUUCUUAGAGUUUCACGGGGGCAUAUUUAUUAGUUUUAUCUGUACAGAUGGCACACUUGAAGGCGAGAGGAUUUAAAAAUCCCCUGUUGAGCCUUCCGUAGUUCUUAAGACCAUUUUAUUUCGCCCCCGCCCCUGCUCUUAUAGCUUUGUUUUUUGCCAGACAUAAUCCUCAGCUGUAAACCCUCUACUAGUCAAGUCUUCCCCACCUUUUUUUUUUAACUUGCCGUUCCUCCUUUAAACACUUCAUGCAUCAUUUGUAGUCCACUGCAUUGCAAACUGUUUUGAACAGUUCCUGCAAAUGCUGUGAUGUUUUUAUAUUCCAGGUGCAAUGUUUUAAUGGCUCGGCAUUUGCUGAGCGCGUGUAAGGGUGCAUGAAGGUUGAGGUAAUUUUCCAGAAAUACCACCGGUAGCUGUGCAUGGCUUUGACUCUCGAAUGGAAUACGGACCAAAUUUCUAGACGACGAUUGGAUGCGAGGUUGUGAUGCCUGAACUUUCUCUCCAAGCUUCAUAGAGUUUGGGAUCUGCAAAUUUUUUGAGGUUUGUGUGCAUUGGGAACAUCUGAACCAAUGUUUUCUGUUUUGUAAUCCUGUAUGAAAAUAAAUUCCUGCAUAUGAAGCUUGCCUUUGAUGGUGGAAA